AUGUAGUAAAGAAUAAUGCAGUAAAAAAUGUUUGUUGUUUUUUAUAAAUCUUCAUCUAAUAUAGAAGGUUGUCGACUUCUUCAAAAUAUAAUCUAUAUUGUUCUUACUAGCACAACCUUAAGCUGCCAACUCACAUGUCAUCUAAAAUCUGCAGGACCUAAGAAUCACAUGCAGACAAGAAUCGCUGCAGGACAAGAAUCACAAUGAGACCAUCACCCAAGCAACGUUGAGGCCUGCACCAGCAUAGUUACGCGGUGGCCUGAUGCUUCAAGACAGGCAACAGCUGAGUCCCUCAUUAUCAAGAGCAAGUCUCCAGCUACGUAUCAACCUUUAAACUACGGGAUUCCUCCAGUUGCUGAAUAAGUAAAUUGGCAUUUUUUACAUAUCAUGUCUAGAUUAGAAGAUGAUCAGCCAUUCAUCUAUGUUAAAAACAAAAGAAGAAAGAAGUUUAAUCCUAAAAGUGGUAACAUCAAGCCCUUGGUUCUAAAUCAUGGCCUUCCAAUUGACAAACUGAUCAGUAAUGUGGAUCAUCUAUCCCACACUAUUGACUUGAUGGUUUGCAACACCAUAGUGGAGGCAGCAACAAUGCAAGACUUGCACUCUACUUCCAAUGGGGAGAUGUUGGCAAAGCAGAUCAUUUGCUAUGGUCUGGGGUCUCCUUCCAGCAACAGAAACUCCCGCGCGCAGCUAGCCGUGCUGCUACAACUUAUCCAAGCUCUCAAGUGCCCCAAUGUUUUUUUGUAUGAUCCCGUCUUCGAAGCAAAUGAUAAGAAGCUUUUUGAUAACUAUAAAUUAUUUGUCUUGGGAAAAAAUGAAGAGUGUCUUAGAGCAGUGAAUGAGAGAACGAUAUUCUACAUGCCUCACUGCUGUUGGGCUAUGUACAACAAUGUUCUCUGGGCCAACUGGACACCCAAGAGGUUAGCAAAUGUGGUUUUUGUUGGCAAUAAUAUUCAAAACAAAGCCGAGGCCGAGUGCGAUUCUACCUUUAAAUCAAUGUACAGAUUUAUUUGCGACAGUUUGGAACGUGACAUGUGCGAGGUAAUAGCCUUACCAUCCCUCAACAAGGGUAUGGAUAGCUUUGAAGAUACAGCUGUUAUUGUCUUCCAUCCUGGUAGGUUUCCUAUCGAAGAUAAGCUCUUCUGGAAACGUGGGCCCAAACCCGACUACAAAGGUGCUCAUUUUGGAGAGCUCAUAGAGAAAUCGAAGUUGAAAAAGGCUCGUGCUAAGGAAGAUGAACUGACACAAGCUCUCAAGGAUGUGUCUUUGAGAUGAAAUAGGUACUGAUUUAAUUCAGUGAAUACUUCAAUGUAACAAGUAUAAAUUCUAUUUGCAUUCACAUGUCUAUAACUUAAAGACCAGAGUUUAUGAAAUUUUUAGUUUAAUAAAACACCUCACUCCAAAUUCUAUUUGUCGUAUCUAAUGAAGUAUUACACGCAGACAAUGAUA